UGCCGCCUCCGGGGCGAGUCCUCCUGCUGGGGUUCUCCUUUCACACACGCGCGCCCUCGCUCGCUGGGCCGCCCCCUCCUCGCAAGCCCUCUUCUUUCUCGUCCUUCCUAACGCCGCCGUCGGGGGAGGAUUGAUGUCCCUUCAGCAUCAUGCAGCCACCGCCGAGGAAGGUGAAAGUUACACAAGAACUGAAAAAUAUUCAAGUUGAGCAGAUGACAAAACUUCAAGCCAAACAUCAAGCAGAAUGUGAUUUGCUGGAAGAUAUGAGGACAUUCAGUCAGAAGAGGGCUGCUAUUGAAAGAGAGUAUGCACAGGGUAUCCAGAAGUUGGCUAGCCAAUACCUGAAGAGAGAUUGGCCUGGAAUAAAAGCUGAUGAUCGGAAUGAUUACAGGAGUAUGUAUCCUGUUUGGAAAUCUUUUCUCGAGGGAACAAUGCAGGUGGCCCAGUCUCGGAUCAAUAUAUGUGAGAACUAUAAAAACUUCAUUUCCGAGCCUGCAAGGGCAGUGAAAAGCUUAAAAGAACAACAACUAAAAAGGUGUGUGGACCAGUUAACAAAGAUCCAAACUGAGCUACAAGAGACAGUGAAAGAUUUAGCUAAAGGCAAGAAGAAGUACUUUGAGACUGAACAGAUGGCUCAUGCAGUACGAGAGAAAGCUGACAUUGAGGCAAAGUCUAAACUUAGUCUUUUUCAAUCAAGAAUCAGUCUACAGAAAGCAAGCGUAAAGUUAAAAGCCCGGCGAUCUGAGUGUAAUUCCAAGGCUACUCAUGCAAGGAAUGAUUACCUUCUUACUCUAGCAGCAGCAAAUGCACAUCAGGAUCGCUACUAUCAAACAGAUUUAGUUAACGUUAUUAAGACUCUUGAUGGAAAUGUAUAUGAUCACCUCAAGGAUUAUUUACUAGCCUUCAGCCAGACUGAGCUUGAAACAUGCCAAGCUGUGCAGAACACAUUCCAGUUUUUAUUAGAAAACUCCAGCAAGGUGGUACGGGACUAUAAUCUUCAGCUGUUUUUACAAGAGAAUGCCGUAUUUCACAAACCUCAGCCCUUCCAGUUCCAGCCCUGUGACAGUGAUACUAGCCGACAAUUAGAAUCAGAAACUGGGACCACAGAAGAGCACAGUCUAAAUAAAGAGGCUCGGAAAUGGGCCACGCGUGUGGCACGUGAGCACAAAAAUAUUGUUCAUCAACAACGGGUUCUAAAUGAUCUGGAAUGUCAUGGAGUUGCUGUAUCAGAACAAAGCCGAGCAGAGCUGGAACAGAAAAUAGAGGAAGCUAGAGAAAAUAUUCGUAAAGCAGAGAUAAUUAAGUUGAAAGCAGAAGCCCGGCUGGACCUGCUAAAGCAGAUUGGUGUUUCUGUGGACACAUGGCUGAAGAGUGCCAUGAACCAAGUAAUGGAAGAACUGGAAAAUGAGCGGUGGGCUCGCCCUCCCACAGCAACCAGCAAUGGCACUCUGCACUCGCUUAAUGCAGAUACUGAGAGAGAAGAAGGAGAAGAGUUCGAAGACAACAUGGAUGUUUUUGAUGAUAGCAGUUCCAGCCCUUCUGGCACCUUAAGAAAUUAUCCACUCACCUGCAAAGUGGUUUAUUCCUAUAAGGCUUCUCAACCAGAUGAGUUGACCAUUGAGGAACAUGAGGUGUUAGAAGUGAUUGAAGAUGGAGAUAUGGAAGACUGGGUAAAGGCUCGAAAUAAAGUUGGCCAAGUGGGUUAUGUGCCAGAAAAGUACCUACAGUUUCCCACCUCGAACAGCUUACUGAGCAUGCUACAGUCCCUGGCUGCUUUGGAUAGUCGAUCACAUACAUCCAGCAAUUCUACGGAAGCAGAACUCGUUUCAGGCAGCCUCAACGGAGAUGCCAGUGUCUGUUUUGUGAAAGCACUUUAUGAUUAUGAAGGCCAGACGGAUGAUGAGUUAUCGUUUCCUGAGGGAGCAAUCAUCCGUAUCUUGAACAAAGAAAACCAAGAUGACGAUGGCUUCUGGGAAGGGGAGUUCAGUGGGCGGAUUGGAGUCUUCCCAUCGGUGCUAGUAGAAGAACUUUCAGCCUCAGAAAAUGGUGAUACUCCCUGGAUGAAAGAGAUUCAGAUCUCUCCUUCCCCAAAGCUGCACAUCUCCCUGCCUCCACUGCCGCUGUAUGACCAGCCUCCCAGCAGCCCUUACCCUAGCCCAGAUAAGAGGAGCUCCCAGUUCUUCCCCCGAUCUCCUUCAGCACAAGAAAACAACCUUCAUGCCGAAUCCCCAGGAUUCUCACAGGCAUCCAGGCAGACUCCUGAGACCUCAUAUGGCAAACUACGACCGGUCCGGGCAGCUCCGCCUCCGCCCACACAGAACCACCGGAGGCCAGCAGAGAAGUUGGAAGAUGUGGAGAUCACACUGGUGUGAUGACGGGUUCGCCCUCCAUUACGGCUACAAUCAAGGCCAGGCGUGGAGUUUGGCCAGUCUCGUUUUUUAGGCACCUUUGCAUGAUGAUAACUCUUGAACAGAGCAAAACCAAGGAGGGUUCUAUGUGACUGGGUGGCCUGGUGGACUUUUCCCACGUUUUGAAUAUUUUGUGCCUUUUUCGUUGUCAUUUUCUAUGUCGUCUCUCCUACCGUAGCACAAAUUCUAGUGGGCUCCAGCAUAGAGGGCAGUAGCCCUCAUGCCUAACAGUGGUCCAUUUUUACAUGAGACUCAAAAUCAGGCCUCGUCCCAGGGCACAGUCACAGAAUUACUGAUCAUGUGCAUUCGUACAGUAUAUUACUGUGGCCACAAGGAUGUGGCAAAGAUCUCAUCUUUCUCUAAGUGGCUUUUGCUCAUCUGAUUAAGUAUUAAUCAGAUCGUGUUGGCUCCAAAAGGAAACAGAAAGAGGGAUCAGGAGAGGCUGGCUCCUCCCCGACGUUCAUCCCGAGACUGAAAGUGAACCCUUACU